AUGUCUCUUGGUAACCACCCAUUCUUGGUCAAGGACGGAUCCAGCACCCCAACCCUCGAGGCUGCGCCAGGAUGGUGUCCUGACCUCCCCAGACCCGAGGCGCAUACUCCCGAGGCGAACCCAGCCCCGCAGCAGCCUCGCCAGGCUCGCCACGGGCGUGGUCACCACGCCACGGUCACCACGCGCGCCCACCGCUGGUCUCCCUCCUCGGCCUAUAAAACCCCGCCCCAGCCCCCUUCACUCCCUCACACCACUCCUCCCUCACCCCAGACACCGCGCAGAAAACACCCCGAAGCCUCCAUGGCUGCUACUCGCCGGAGGGAGCAGCACCACCGUGACCACCAUGGAGGUGGCGAGCAGAUCGGGCUCGCACCCGACUUUCUUGUCUCUCCCUCUCUAUUCCCUUAUGCUCACCGACCUCCUCCCGUCCUAAUGCCCACCUCUGCGCCUUCCAGGCCCACCGGAGUCCGCCGCCAUCCUCACCUUGCCGGGAACGCCGACGGACGAGGAGCAGGCGGGAGCGGCUACUGUUGGAGCGGAGGACGCCGCCAGACGCGCGCCCUGGACACCCGCAACCCACCGCCGCCCGCCAGAGUCUCUACGCCGACCAUCGUCGCCCAGACUGCGCCCACGAUCGCCGCCGGUGAGUCCCUGGAGCGCCCGCUCUAUUUUUCCUAG